AAUAAGCCGUCUGUCUCUAAUUUCCCGCUUAUAAACCUACAUACUUGCGGACCCUAAAUUACAGUUCCAUUGCUCACUCUCUCCUAAAACCCUAGAGUCUUCUCCCCAUCUUUUCUCAAAUUAGCAAUGGAGUUUUGGGGUGCGGAGGUGAAAAGUGGACAACCUUUAUCUGUUCAGCCUGGAGAUGACAUGAUUUUGCAUCUUUCACAGGCAUCUCUUGGUGAGGUGAAAAAGGAUAAAGGAUCAGAACCUGUAUGCUUGUUUGUGACUAUUGAUGGCAAGAAGCUUGUUCUUGGAACACUCAGUACAGAUAAGCUGCCUCAACAACAAUUUGACCUGAUUUUUGAUAGAGACUUUGAACUAUCACACAACUGGAAAAAUGGCAGUGUCUACUUUUUUGGAUACAAAACUGCCAACUUUGAGGAUGAGGAAGAUGAUGAAUUAUAUGAAGAUGGGUCUGAUGAGGAAAUACCCCUUACAAUUGCAAACAAUGGAAAACCUGAAGCCAAGGCUAGUGCAAAAGAUUCUGCUCCAGCUAAGCAGAAGGUGACUGUUGUGGAACCUAGUAAAGGUGCAAAAGUGGAUGAUAGUGAUGAGAGCAGUGAUGAUGAUUUGUCUGAUGAUGAAGAUGAUUCUGAGAUGGGGGAGGAUGAUAGUGAUGAGGAUCAGUCCGAUGAGAGUGAGGAGGAGACACCAGAGAAGGCUGAAACUAGCAAAAAGAGACCUGCAGAUUCAUCUGCAAAAGCACCUGUUCUCGAUAAAAAAAAGACAAAAUUUACAACUCCUCAGAAGACUGAUGGUAAGAAAGGUGCUGUCCAUGUGUCAACCCCUCACCCCUCAAAACAGGCUGGUAAGACUCCCGGAAACAAGCCAAACCAGACCCCAAAAUCUGGUGGAUCUUUUGCCUGCAAGACCUGCAAUAGGACUUUUGGUUCUGAAAAUGCUCUGGAAUCUCACUCGAAAGCUAAGCACAGCGCUGGAAAGUAAAUAGGAGUAGAAAUGUCUGCCUGGAGAAGCGGUUUCGUUUUGUCGGAUGUUGGGAGGGAAUGAUGAUCAAAAGAGUGUUUUAACUUUUAGAAUAUCUUUUGUUGGUUAACCCUAAUGUAAAGCAAGAGUUGGGUCCAGUUUUGCUACUGGUAUUUUGUAAGGAGGGGAACUACCUUACAACAAUCAUUUUCCUCCAUACACGUGAUGCUCCAAUUCCUCAAGUAAAUAAAGGAUAAAACUUUUUGCAA